AAUACAGAGCUGUGUAUACUGAGCGCUGCAUCCAGGAGACCAGACAUCAUCCCCUGCCACCUCUAUGGACUGGGCAUAACCCCCGACCCUGGCACCUAUAGCACCGGUGGAUGGCUCCUCCAGUAGGGUCCAUGUCGGACCACGAGGACUUUGCGGCCCUAGCCGUCCCCUGGAACUCAUCCGACCUCAGCCUCUUUAACCCAGCCAGCGUGGUCGUCCCAGUUAUCUUCUCACUCAUCUUUCUGCUGGGCACGGUGGGCAACAGUCUGGUCCUAGCUGUCCUGUUAAGGAGCGGACAGAGAACUCACAACACCACCAACCUCUUCAUCCUCAACCUCAGUGUGGCCGAUUUCUCCUUCAUCAUCUUCUGCGUGCCCUUCCAGGCCACCAUCUACUCCCUGGAAGACUGGGUUUUCGGAGCUUUCAUGUGCAAAGCGGUCCACUUCUUCAUCUACUUGACCAUGUAUGCCAGCAGCUUCACCCUGGCAGCAGUGUCUGUUGACAGAUACUUGGCCAUCCGUUAUCCGCUACGCUCCAGAGAGCUGAGAACUCCGUGCAAUGCAGUUGCGACCUUGGCUAUUAUAUGGGGCCUCUCAGUGGUCUUUGCUGGACCUUAUCUGAGCUAUUACGACCUGAUGGAUUUCGAGACCAGCCACAUUUGCAUGCCAGGCUGGAAGGAAAGGACCCGUAAAAUUAUGGAUACUGGCACCUUUAUAGUAGGAUACGUCAUCCCUGUACUUAUUGUCAGCCUGUCUUACACCAGGACCAUUAAGUAUUUGUGGACUGCUGUUGAUCCUCUAGAAGACAUGUCAGAGUCUAAAAAAGCUAAAAGAAAAGUGACUAAGAUGAUCAUCAUUGUCACCGUCCUCUUCUGCCUGUGCUGGCUUCCUCACCAUGUGGUGGUCAUGUGUUAUCUCUAUGGUGAUUUUCCAUUCAACCAGGCCACCUAUGCCUUCCGACUGUUGUCUCAUUGCAUGGCCUACGCAAACUCUUGCCUCAACCCUAUAGUUUAUGCUUUGGUAUCCAAACACUUCCGUAAGGGAUUCCAGAAAGUCUUCAGCUGCCUCUUGAGGAAGAAGGGUCGGAAUAAAGUUCACGUGGUCAACGCGGCUCAUGCUGAGCCUGGCUUUGAUGCCGCGUCCACAGAAGUGUCCCACAUAAAUGAAGAUCAUGGAAAGAGGAACGUGCGACAAGUGGGUGGUAACCAUUCAGAUUCCUCCAGACCACUGGGCACCCCAUGAACGGGAGAAAAGAAGGGAACUAAAGAUAUCCUAAAGAAACAUUACUCAAUGCUUCCUAGAAGGACAAUAAGAUGUAUGGAUAUUGGUGGAAAUGAACUAACAUCGUUCUUGAGUUCAGACUCGUAGCUGCUCAAUGAAGACAAAAAGCUUCCAAGACAUAGUAUGGGCCAGAACGAACAUAUCUUUACCAAAUUUUGGUAUUAAAGUAACGUAAUGUUGGACUUCAAUUCGUUGGGUCCACCAGAGGAGAUGACUCUGAAGGUUCACCCCUCCCCCAUCUAUACACAAUAUGUAUACAUCUGUAGGUUAUUGUAACUCAACCCAUAAGAAGAUUGACCUAUCGGCAAGCAUUUGGGGUUGUCUUCUUGUUGUCCUUUGGGGCCCAGUAAUGUGUAAGACCUAGAGCAAAGAACCUCCUGUUCUGGCGGGUCAGUCCGGCCCUGUAGAUGUUCUUUACUUACUCUUGUAGCUUUUAUAGUGUUUCUAGAAGACUUCAUCUGAAAGAUUUAACUGAGACUCUUGAAGUUGAUAAAAGAGGAACCUACUGGAUCAGGAUCUCAAAGACUGAUUUGAAAUAUUUCUUUGUGGCCCAAAUCGGGGUCUUAAAAACACUGGGAUUUUAGUCAAGCUUUAACUUUAACUCUGCCCCUAGACAUCUUAUCCCCUAUCCAAAGGAUAGGGGAUAAGAUGUCUGAUCGCGGUGAUCCCACAGCUGGGACCCCCGCGAUCUCUGUGCAGCACCCGAUGUUCAUGACGUCACGGCCACCCCACCUUGUGAUGUCAUGCCCCCUUGUGAUGUCAUGCCACAUCACCUCAAUGCAACUUGCAUUGAGGGGGCAUGGCGCGAUGUCACGAGGGGCAUGGCCGUGACAUCUCGACCCCCGGUGCCCUCUCCAAGCCUUAGUAACAAAAUGUUCCAAACGCUGGGGCAGCGGAGUACCCCCUUAAGGGGAAGAGUUUGCAGAAGAUCUGAUCACAAGUGAUCACUAAAAAAAAAAAAAAGUUGAUAGUACAAAUUUUUGUUUCUUGCUUUGUAUCUGUUGAACCUGUUGCCAUGGCAAUGUCUGUCUCCUUAACGUCUUAGGUAGGAGAUGGAUGUCCUAAGCCUUCCCGGGAGGCAGCUUUGUGGAUGUGACUGUAUUAAUGCAUGUACGGUUGUUGAAAAGGGCAGAGGCUUAAAACAUGGGGGCCGAGCGGAGAGUGGACACUGGGAUCUCCGCGCAAGAGACGGAGAAAUCAUGUCCUCUAGUAUUGGAGUGAUAGUGACCGCCGACAUCUAAUGUUAGUAUCAGUGUCUGCUCAUAUUACCGCAAGGAUCCCGAGAAGAGAGUCUGGGGAUGCUUAAAGUAUAACUCCAGUCUAUACUUAUG